AUGGACUCGACCGAGGACAACAAGAAGAAGACGCGCGAGUCAUUUGGCAUCUUUUCUUGGGCAACAAAAGCCGUUGCGGUCGGUUGUCCGUUGGCAGCUGUCUUGGGUGCCCCCUUAACUUCUGCUACCACCACAGCCCUUACUAUUCCCACCGCAACUUGCUACCACCACAGCCCCACUAUUUACCACCACAAACCAUACUAUUCCAAACUUACCACCACAGCCCUUACUAUUCCCACGGCAACUUCUGCUACCACCACAGCACAAACGGCAACUACUUAUUCCCACGGCAACUUGCUACCACCACAAACCAUACUAUUCCCACGGCAACUUCCACAGCCCUUACUAUUCCCACCGCAUUCCCACUUGCUACCACCACAGCUUACCAACCGCAACUUUGCUACCACCACAGCCCUUUACUAUUCCCACCGCAACUUUGCUAUUACUAUUCCCACGGCUACCACCACAGCCCUUACUAUUCUGCUACCACCAACACCACUAAACUUAUUCCCCACUAUUCCCACGGCAACCACCACAGUCUUACUUGUCUUUCACGGCAACUGCUACUAUUCACGCAACAGCCCUUACUAUUCCCACCGCAACUUGCUACCAAUUACAGACUAUUCCUUGCUACCACCACAGCCCUUAUUUAUCCCCACUGCAACUUCUGCUACCACCACAGCCCUUACUAUUCCCACCGCAACUUCUGCUACCACCACAGCCCUACCAACUUACAAUUACAGCCCUUUACUAUUCCCAAUCGCCGCAAGCCCCACUUAUUCCCACUGCAACUUCCAACACACCACAGCCAACUCUUUACUAUUCCCACCGCACCACCACACCCCCUUACCAUUCCCACGGCAACUACCACCACAACUCUUUAACCCAUCACGGCAACUUCUGCUACCACCACAGCCCUUAUUCCCACUGCAACUUACUAUUCCCACUGCUACCACCACAGCCCUUUACUAUUCUAUUCCAACCGCAACUUGCUACAACCAAUAA